CUUUCUCUAUAAGAAAGGACAAAUCCCACCUACAUCGUCUAUUUAUUUAGUUCGUUUCGUGCUCGUUAAUCCAGACCACCACCACAUCUUGAUAUAUUUCCCCCUUUUCGAUUUCUCUCCACGCCGUAGGAAAAAUUGAAGAGCGGACUCCGAGAUCGCCACAAAUCGCCGAUCUCCGCUUUCAAGCGAAUUUAAUUUUGCCGUCGUAAUGGCUUCUGCAGCCACUAUGGUAUACGACCUGAAGCGGUUGUCGGAGUCGUCGCCGCCGCCGCCCAUCCUCCAAUCCAUCGAGGAGGAGGACCCCUACGCCAAGCUGAAAUCUCUGCAGCGUCAACUUGAGUUCAUCGAAAUCCAGGAGGAGUAUGUCAAAGAUGAGCAGAAGAAUCUCAAGCGCGAGCUCCUCCGGGCGCAGGAAGAGGUCAAGCGGAUCCAGUCGGUGCCGUUGGUUAUCGGGCAGUUCAUGGAGAUGGUCGACACCAACAACGGUAUCGUUGGGUCGACCACCGGCUCGAACUACUAUGUGAGGAUUUUGAGCACGAUUAAUCGGGAGCUGUUGAAGCCGUCGGCUUCCGUCGCUUUGCACCGCCAUUCGAAUGCCCUUGUCGAUGUGUUGCCUCCUGAGGCCGAUUCGAGCAUCUCCCUGCUCAGUCAGUCGGAGAAGCCCGAUGUUACAUAUAAUGUAGAUAUUGGAGGAUGUGACAUUCAAAAGCAAGAAAUUCGUGAGGCUGUGGAGUUGCCGCUGACUCAUCACGAGUUGUACAAGCAAAUCGGUAUAGACCCACCUCGAGGUGUGCUGCUCUAUGGUCCCCCUGGUACUGGGAAAACUAUGCUCGCUAAGGCUGUUGCAAAUCAUACUACAGCAGCUUUCAUUAGAGUUGUUGGGUCUGAGUUUGUGCAGAAGUAUCUGGGAGAGGGGCCACGCAUGGUUCGGGAUGUCUUUCGUCUUGCCAAAGAGAACGCACCUGCAAUUAUUUUCAUCGAUGAAGUGGAUGCUAUUGCCACGGCUAGGUUUGAUGCACAGACAGGAGCUGAUAGGGAAGUUCAGCGUAUUCUGAUGGAGCUCUUGAAUCAGAUGGAUGGGUUUGACCAGACUGUUAAUGUCAAAGUCAUAAUGGCAACUAAUCGUGCUGAUACUCUGGACCCUGCACUCCUUCGUCCUGGAAGGCUGGACAGGAAAAUUGAGUUUCCUUUGCCUGAUAGGAGACAGAAGAGGCUGGUCUUCCAGGUCUGCACCUCUAAGAUGAAUCUUGGUGACGAGGUGGAUUUGGAGGAUUAUGUGUCAAGGCCAGAUAAAAUUAGCGCUGCUGAGAUUGCAGCCAUCUGCCAAGAAGCAGGGAUGCACGCAGUACGUAAGAACAGAUACGUGAUACUUCCCAAGGACUUUGAGAAGGGUUACCGUUCGAAUGUGAAGAAGCCAGACACCGACUUCGAAUUCUACAAGUAGAAGAAACAAAGGACCACUUGUACCUGCUGAUGUGGAUGGAUCGACUUAAAUUAUUUUGUUGAAUCAGGAAGGAUCAAGGGAGCCCCGUCGCUUUUGCAGAAAAAAAAAAUCAACUGCUGCUAGUGCAAGUUUGUGACCAUAGAGUGGGGAACUUUGUGUUGGGCAAACUUUUUUGCCUGCGGGUAGGGUUUAUUAGAAGUAAAAUGCUUUCAGACUUUCAGUUGCUGAAUUUCAUACCAAGCUGUGUCACUUAUUGGAAAGUCUUGCCACCUGCUGUACCAUUUGAUUUAGUUUGCUCUUAUCACAUUGUUGCUGUGCCUUAUUUAUACGAUUGGCACCUCGGAUAUGGCAGCAUUUCUAUUUCCUUUUACUGCAAAAGUGUAGCAGGAACUUGGCAUUUCUUCUCUGUUGAAUCCAUGCUUAUGCACUUGCUGAUCACUACAAGAAGAACGGCUUGCAGCUUGCGGGUUUGAUUCCAGAUUCCGUUGUCAGGUGAAACCUGGGGAUAACGCUGUUGGUAGUCGUGUUUUCUUCUUGUCAUCUUUCCGUGCCUGUCAAUUUGACGGGUAGAAUAUUUUGAAGUGCCUGUAAUGUAAGGGCGCCAGAAAGGUUGGUUUUUCGGAAGGAUCAAUAGCCUUACAAUGAUUAUAGAAAUGGA